CCUAUUUAAAUGAAAGGAUCUUGUUUGAAUUCAUUUCAGUCGUGAAUUCGCCUUCAGGAAAAUGAAUCCAACAAUGAUUGUUGCAUGCUUCGUAUAUUCCCUUUUGGGAUAUAUCAAUUCCAUCAAUGCAGCAUCAAUACCUUCCGCUGCAGUAUCGAUUCCUCAAUUUGACAGGAUUGUAGGAGGAACAGAGGUUGAUAUUACCGAUUAUCCUUAUCAAGUUAGUGUGGAAUAUUCUUCGUCUCCACUUUGUGGUGGAUCAAUUUUAAACAGACGGUGGAUUCUAACAGCUGCGCAUUGUAUUUCAUCUGGUACCUACUACCUGUACUCCAUCCGUGCAGGAUCAAAUUUUCUAAAUUCCGGUGGCGUCAGAAGAUCAGCUAUGUCCGUCAGGGUACAUUCACGCUACAGUUCGAGUACCGCCGAUUAUGACAUCGGACUCAUUUGGUUACAAUCUGAAUUAACGUAUGGAAACACAAUUAGAGCAGUUUCAUUACCAACACCGAACAUUUAUAUUCGUUCUGGUACUGAGGCCACAACAACUGGAUGGGGAGAUACUACAGAAGAUGGCUCGCCAAGUUCUCGACUUCGAGCCGUUAGAGUACCACUUGUCGACAACGAAGUUUGUCGGGAAAGCUAUGGAAACAGAGUAACCUCAAAUAUGAUCUGCGCAGGUUCUCCUGAAGGAGGCAGGGACUCUUGUCAGGGUGAUUCUGGUGGCCCAUUGGUAGCAAGUGGUUACGGUCAAAUUGGUAUUGUUUCUUGGGGGAAUGGAUGCGCCCGUCGUGGAUUCUACGGUGUUUAUACUCGCGUUUCGGCUUUUAGAACGUGGAUCAACUCGCAAAGUGGAGUGUAUCGAGAGUCCGCCUUCGACAAAAUGAAUCCAAAAAUAACAGUUGCAUGCUUAGUGAUUUCCCUUUUGGGAUAUUCCAGUCCUGUCAGUGCAGCAUCAAUUGGUAGAAUUGUAGGAGGUUCACAGGUUGAUAUUACUGAUUAUCCUUAUCAGGUUGGUUUGCUAUAUUCUUCAUCACAAGUUUGUGGUGGAUCAAUUAUAGGCGAAAAGUGGAUUCUAACAGCUGCAAGUUGUACUGCAACGAGAUCUGUUCCAUUAUUCUCCGUUCGCGCAGGAUCGACUUUGCGAAGCGACGGCGGAGUUGUACGCGCAGCUAGUAACAUUUACGUUCAUGCAUUAUACAGUUCGAGCACCGGUGAGUUCGAUAUUGGACUCAUUUCUUUAGAAUCUGAUUUAAAGUAUGGAGCUGCAAUUAAUGCUGUUGCAUUACCAUCACCAUACCGUUACGUUCCCGAGGGUGUUAAUGGUAUAAUAACUGGAUGGGGUUCAACGGCUGAAGAUGGUGAACCAAGUAACAGACUUGUUGGUGUUAAUGUAGCUGUUGUCGAAAACGAAGUUUGUCAAGAAAUUUACGGAAGCAUCAUAACUCGAAACAUGCUCUGCGCAGGUUUUGUAGCAGGUGGUCGUGAUUCUUGCCAGGGUGAUGCGGGUGGACCAUUGGUAGUAAACGGUUAUGGCCAAAUUGGUAUUGUUUCAUGGGGACGUGGAUGCGCUCGCCCUAAUUCCUACGGGGUUUAUACUCGUGUUACUGCUCUUCGAAGAUGGAUCAGUUCAGUAAGUGGAAUAUAGGUAAAUGGAUACUUACUACAAAUUCAUGUAAAAACAAAUUAAACGUAUUGCAAGCAA